AAAAGCGAGUGCAUAGUAUUAGUUUAUGCUACUAUAUCUAACUAGAUCGCACGUAUUCUUAAAUUGGAUGUCGAUAAAAUUAAUUCACAGUAACAUGAUAUGACCUAUAUAAAACAGCAUAUAUAAUGCAACUACUCGACCUACUGUGUUGUGCAUAAUAUUAACCCUUUUCACGUCCAUAACUAGUUUGAGGAACAAUGUCAGUCAACUUGUUCUUCCUCGUCACAGUAAUGUCUUAUACAACUGUGUAUGCAGUUGUGAGCAACCCUACAACAACUGAGAUGAACAGCAAUACCAGUGCAUCGAAUAAAUCAUCAAGUCUACUGAAUUGGAGAAAUACAAUCUCACAAUGUGUUCGAUUGUAUAUGGAACCAAAUCAACUUGGUGAUUGGUUUGAUAUAUGUGAUAGUAAUGAGCUGCUCUCAUCAACAUGUGUUUGGAGAACCAAAUCGAUUUGUACAACUGGAAAUACGAAUGCAUUCAGAAAAACAUAUUGGUUAAUAUAUGAACGAUCUCAUUUCGCAGGACCCUACAUACUACUCGGUCCCAGUAAAUGUAUUGACGAUAUAAAUCAGUAUAAACUUUCGGCAACUAUGUCAAUACUGAUCUGUGUAGAGAGAUUAACGGCAAAAUGGGAUGUUGUCGUUUCUUGUCAAUAUCCAAAACGACCAUGGAGGGAAUUUUUCCCAGUAAACUGGCACUCUGAUUAUAACGUCAUAUCUAAAUCUGGAACGGCAUCAGCUGAUGAGGCAGAAGCUUCCUCACUGGAAGAAAUAGCAAGUUUGGUAGAUCUACAGAAGAACAGUGUCAACAAUAAAUAAGUACAAGUACAAUCUCUUCGUGUUAAUUCCGUUCGUCAAAUAUUCACGUGCAUGCGGAUAUCAGUCUACUAUGAGAGAGUGAGAGAGAGAGAGAGAGCUGAAAAUGAUGUUUGUAGUUGUGUUGAAUCAAUGGACGUAGGUAGUUUGAUCUGAAUCACGAUGAAUAUUGACUG